UGCUCAAGAACUGGCUUCAGUCGACGCAUUCAGCCUCUCGUUUUGUGCGGAGAGCUCCUUAGCUUCCACAAACGACUCGGAGUCAGCCCAUGAGGUUUCUCCAUCCGUUUCUCGCUUUGUUCGCCACGUGUAUCGUGGCAGGCGUGUCGGCGACAGGACGGUUUCCUGGAAGUAUCCGUAGUACCCACCCAGAAUCAUCGACCCAAUACGACUCUCCCGCAGAUUUGACCGUGAAUGGCGCCGCGAUUCCAGCUGACCUUUCUGACGUCGACGAUUCUCCUGUUGAAGUCGAAAAUCUAGCAGCUCGACUAAUUUCUGACGGGCUCACGGGAUUCGCGCAUUUGAUAGAAAGGUCGGGACUCUUGGAAGACGUUCCUCAGCUGCACGAUUCAUCCCUGUUAACAGUCUUCGCGCCUACUAACGAUGCGCUCCUCUCGCUCUCCCCUGCUACGCUCGCUGGUCUACAGAACUCCGAUAACCGCGAGGCGCUACGCAAUAUUCUUAUGUUUCACUUUCUCCCCGCUAAAGUGUCUCCGUUUGAGUGGACCGGCUCGGAGGAAACAUUUCUUGGUACACCGUGGAGCUGCGAGUGGGCUCGGACAAUUUCUUCGUCGCCAAUGUGGCUGUAACGAAAGUGAACGCGAUUAAAACGAGCAAGUACGACGUUCAUACGAUAUCCAGCCUUCUUCUUCCGACGCCGCCGGCUGUGGUUACUAAUCGAAGGAAGGAAAGAGGUUCAACAAUCGAGCCUGCUGAGAGAAGAAGCGCGCCGAUUCUCUCGAAGCACGGCGUUCGGCGGGACACGUUUCGAGAUGCUGUCUUCGACGAUACUGAUCCGCGAGAGAAUGUCUCCAGCGAACCGCAGGUGCCGCCUGUGGUUGGCUAUGACUCAGCCGGUUCCGAGCUGUCUCAGGGCGCCAGCGCGGCCGCCGCGGGCGACAUGGGGGACGGGGGAGCAACGGACGUGCGACGCGCGCUGAAAGAGGACGCGGCGGAUUGGGGGAACGGCGGAGGUGGAGGAGAAGGAGGCGGAGAGGCGGCGCGGCGGUCGGCGCUGCUGGAGCAGAUGCUGUCCGCCAAUCUGCGCCUCUCCGCCUUCGCCCAGGGCUCUGAGUCCCCCCUGAACCCCCCGUGGAGCCGUCCGUUCCGCCUCCUACACCUACGCCGCCUUCCCCCCCGCCUGCUGCGCCUAACACGUCAUCCUCCUCAUCGCCCUCAUCGCCCUCAUCGUCCCCCUCCACUAUGUCAACGGGAGUCAUCGUUGGCAUUGCUUCUGGCGGCAUCGUUCUCCUCUGCUUCACUGUUGCUGUCGUGCUCACUUCAUUCCUGUGGCUCUCUAAGAAACGACAGAAAGCUGAAGAUGCACCUUCAAGCAGCAAACUCCACAACCCUCCCUACGACCAAGAGUCAGCAGCAGCAGCUGCAGCAGCAGGAGCCAUGGCCGCCGCAGGACCAGGAGCAGGAGCAGGGUCAGGCAACCACAUACACUCAAUAAUUGUGGGCGGCACAUCGGACACCCCCCUGCUGUGCCACCAGUACCCUCUGCAGCUGAUCAAGCAGGUCACGGAGAAUUUCUCAGAGUCCCGGAGGAUUGGCAGCGGCGGGUAUGCGGACGUGUACCGAGCGUUGGACCCCAUGGAUCCCACGAUCACUUGGGCGGUGAAGAGAGCCAAAGUGCUCACCAACGACUUCAAGAGAGAGAUCCACGAGAUGGCGUCGAAGCACCACCCAAACCUGGUGCGGCUGCUGGGGUUCUGUCUGGACAUGGAUGUGGUGAACGAGCGCACGGAGCAGAUCCUUAUCUACGAGUACAUGGUCAAUGGGGACCUCGAGGCGUGGGUCGGGCCAGAGGCGCCCAAGUGCCUGACCCUGUCUCAGCGCUUUAACAUCUUGAUUGGAUCUGCACACGGGCUUGAGUACCUGCACAGCUUUGGCAUCGUGCAUCGCGACAUCAAGCUGGCCAACAUCCUGUUGGACCGCCACAUGCACGCCAAGGUCGCGGACUUCGGCCUCGUGCGCAUGGGCGAGGGCACCUCCGUCGGCACCACCAGGAUCCUUGGCACGCCGGGCUAUGUCGACCCAGCUUACACACGCACGCGCAGAGCCACCACAGCCACGGAUGUCUACAGCUAUGGAAUUGUGAUCUUAGAGGUCAUGACUGGGCAGCGGGCAAUGAUGGGCACGGGUGUAUUGCAAACGAACAUCAAGGACUGGGCUGAUCACCAUGUGCUUGCUCGCGAUGCACACAGUCUCAAGGAUCCCCGACUCGACUUUCCUAUUCCAGACGAUCUCAUGCUUCGCAUUGCUCGCUUCGCCUUGACCUGCACGUCUAUCCCGACCGCGAAUCGCCCGACUAUGAGCCAGAUAUACACCGAACUCAAUAACAUGAAGCAAGAGUGUUUUGGAGUUGAGGAAAACGUUGCGGCUAAUCAGGUGGAUGCGGAAAUAUCUAGCGCUGAGAAGGAAGCAGCAAUUCCUCUUGACGAGCAGAUUGCUCAAAUCGAGCUUGCAUCAGAUGCGUUAAGCCUGGGUGCUUGGAGAUCAAACCCUUCAGGGUCAGGGGGGACUUCAUAGUGUUCCAAUGUGAGGUGCUUUGUUUUUUAUUCUCCUAAUUGUUUUGUAGUAGCAUGUGCCAUACUUCAAGUAUAUCAA